AUGUCUUCUUCUGAUUCUAUUAGAAUGGUCCUAAUUGGUCCACCAGGUGCCGGUAAAGGUACUCAAGCUCCAAAUUUGGUUAACAAAUUUGGUGCUGCUCACUUAGCCACCGGUGACAUGUUGAGAUCUCAAAUUUCCAAAGGUACUCAACUAGGUCUAGAAGCUAAGAAGAUUAUGGACAAAGGUGGUUUAGUUUCCGAUGAAAUUAUGGUUGGUAUGAUUAAGGAUGAAUUAACUAACAACUCUGCUUGUCAAAAGGGUUUCAUUCUUGAUGGUUUCCCAAGAACCAUCCCACAAGCUGAGAAGUUGGACCAAAUGUUAACCGAACGUGGUACUCCUCUACAAGCUGCUGUUGAAUUGAAGGUCGAUGAUGACUUGUUGGUUGCAAGAAUCACUGGUAGAUUGAUCCAUCAAGCUUCUGGUAGAUCCUACCACAAGUUGUUCAACCCUCCAAAGGUUGACAUGAAGGACGAUGUCACCGGUGAAGCUCUAGUUCAAAGAUCCGAUGAUAACGAAGAAUCUUUGAAGAAGAGACUAGAUGCUUACCAUUCUCAAACUGAACCAAUUGUCGACUUCUACAAGAAGACUAAUAUCUGGCAUGGUAUUGACGCUGCUCAAGCUCCAUCUACUGUCUGGGAAAACAUCCUAAAGGCUCUGAAUAAGAACUAA